AUGGCCACCACUCAGCACUACAUCUGGGCCGGAGGCCACUGCUUGCUCCUGCUCUGCUCCCUCCGAUUCUUCCUGGGCAAGAUCAUGUUCACUACCGUCUCCGGGUGGUGGUACAAGGCAAGCUUCACGGGUGCACUCGUGAGCUACUUCAUCGUCUGCUAUAAAUCGUUGGGGCCACCCAGUGCCAGUGCGGCCUAUCUGAGGCGUGCGCUGCUCGAUGAGAAUGUACAAUACUUCAUCAUGGCGUUCUUCUGGUGGACCUCGAGACCCAUCGCUCUCGCUCUCGUCCCCUACUCCAUCUUCUCUCUCUUCCAUGCCUUGACGUUCGUUCGGACGACCAUCAUGCCACAAUUCCUCCCGCCUGGGCCUCCGGCUACGGCGGGCGGCCCCCCUACCCCUCACCCCGUCGCCAAAAAGCUUCAGGCAUGGGUGAAAGCUAACUACGACAACGCCAUGAAGGCUGUCGCUUACACUGAACUGUUGACCAUGGCGCGCCUUACCAUCGGUGUCGUCACGUUCAAUGUGUCCUUCCUUCUGCCCAUCCUCUAUGCCCACUUCCUCCGCCAGCGCUGGUACCAGUCCAAGUUCACGCGCGAGGCAGUUGACAUUGUCCACAACUACAUCCGGGGUUUCAUCACCAGCCCAGGCAGGCCUCCCGUGCUUGCCCAGGUGUACGGGCAGGCCACGGGUUUGCUCGGUCGCUGGGUGGGGUCCACUGUCGCGCCAAACCCUGCGGCUGCGGGAGGUGCUAGGAGGCAGUGA